AUGGCAAGCAGCACCGCCUCCAAGGCGACUCGCCCAGCCUCGCCGACAGCCUCCAUGGGACUAAGCUCGCCCGUGAGCUUCCGAAAGCGACGCGGCUCGACCAACUCGAUAUCUUCCACCAUAGAUAAAGAACAGUUAGCGCAGGCGCUCGAUCAGAUCCACACAUCAGCUAGUCGAUGCGAAUCUUUGACAACAUUCAACGACUUUGCCCCUCCGCCAGAAGGGAUUUCAACUUCGGAGAACAGGCCGGGAGCGGGGGAGUUGGUGCAAAACGGCCUCAGCGGUCUGUAUAAUCGGUUUCGAGAGGCAGUGGGUGGCAGCAGCCCAUCCAAAACCACGCCUAAGGAGGCCAAGGAGGGCAAAGACAGCUCGGUACAGACAUCGGAAAUUGCCUCCAAGAGAUCGUCUACAGCGGCUACCCACAGUUCUCGGCCCUCCGUAUCGUCCCUUAUGCGUGCCGACACUAAUGCCACCAUCAUGGCCAACCCUUUAUCAACCAUGGUCUUGACUGAUGCGUCUUCUCCAACAACAGCGUCUGGGAACAUGGACACACGCCCGCAAUUGCAGUCGACGAAGUCGAACAGCAUCAAUCUCAUGACCGGACCGCGCUCCAGUUCAUCUAGUAGGCAGAGCUUACCGACCAAGGCCACGAGUUCCGUCGUUGCUGACCCUACAAUUGCACCGCCUGCCUCGCUGAAGCGAGAUGCGAGUCGUAGUACUAUUCGCACCGAAGACAGUGGAGGACAGGGUUCCAGCAGAAGAAGCCUUACCAAAGCAGAGCUUCAGACGGAAUCUGCGAGUCUUUACGAUGCCAAGGACGGUAGGCUGCCACCUCGAGCUGGACGGGAUGAUGAAUCUAGUGCUGAUGGCAGCCUUGAUGCCCCGUUUAGUCCCGUUGCAGGCGAGCCAUCGACAGCCUCAACUAACAACGGACGCCACCAUGCUCGAGGUCCGUCUGUCACGUCCUCCCUGUUACAUCCUGAUGACAUGACACGGACACCCGCAGUCAUCGACAGAAUAAGCCGGUCUCGUUCUCCUAGAUAUUCAGGUUCAAGAGGCUCUUCACUUGAUGUAGGAAUCGCUGCCGCAAGUGCCAUCAACACAUCAGCACAUGGCUCGGUCUUUCACGAUUCCUUCAGCCAGGAGAUCAAACCAAACCAUUUACACCCCGAUUUUGGACCAAUUUCGGGUACCACUAGCGGCCAGGAACGUGCUUCUGACCAGAUGAAUGCUCAGCUUGACAAAAUGCGAAGACAAGUUUUGAGCAAGGAGUUCUGGAUGAAGGAUGAUACUGUCAAAGAGUGCUUCCUCUGCCAAACGCCUUUCACCGCAUUUCGCAGAAAACACCAUUGCCGUACCUGUGGUUGCAUUUUCGAUUCCAAAUGUACCACCGUAGUUUCGGGUGAAAAGUUCGGGGUUCAAGGGUCGUUGCGAGUAUGCAAGAAUUGUCUCGAGGUUAUCAGCCGUCGAUUCGAUGGCAGUGGCUCUGACGACUCUGGGGACGAGCGGUCCUUUCUACCCAAGAUUUUUGGACCUAACAAUCCCAAGGAAUCCUCUGAAACUGUCACAAGCAAAUCCUUGUCCAAGACAUCAAGCGUGGCUGCUGGGUCUGAGGGAUCGGAGGAUUCUCGGCCUCUGACGACACCAAUGAUGGCUAUUCCAGCUACUCGGCGCAUGAGAGAUUCUGCCAACAGGGCCUCCGCCGUGUUGGAAAUAGGCUCUCCUCAACUAAGUAGACCCGGUUCGUCUCGCUCCUUGAAAUCCCUUACAACCUCUGGACGUCCACAGUCAUCUGCUGGUCAUAGACGACAUCAUUCGAAACAUGGCUUUCUUGGACGGUUCAAGCCGGCCCCGGACCAGCAAGCACCAUUUCGAAAAGGUAUCGAGGAGGAAAGCUCAAAAAAACCAAAGUUUCCUGCUUUUCAUGACGAUAACAUUAUCGACCCAGAUUUGGCGGAUUACAUGUCGGAAGACUCUAGUGGGGAUGAACAGAUGGGCAUUUUUGCGACCAUGACGGCAGCAUCGGAUGUCCAGCCUACAAGUUAUGAGCACGAUAGAUCUACGCUCCCGUCCUACUUGAACCAAGCCCGGAAAUACCGUCAUCGGCCUGGCGAAAAGAGCAUCAGCGGCAUGAGCUAUGUUAGUAGAGGUGUUUUAGACGAUACCAGUGGCCCGAUCAGUCUAUUGAAUCACAGGAGGUCAACGCGGCGCCGAAAUCUCAGCAUUAGUGGAAGUGCUCAUCAUCACGGCUCUCCGCGGCCAAAGUCUGCUGUGUACAAGGGGCCAUCUGCGUCUUCAGAGGCGCUCUUUGGGUUGGAGAACACCAAUCAACCGGGAACGCAGCUGACCCGGAGUGACUCUUUGCGUAGAAAGAGGAUUCCCAAGCAAGAACUCAACCGUUCCAGUUUGAAACAUGUUGACAGACUGCUUUAUCAGCUCCUCGAUGAUGCUCAAAUUCCGAAUCCGGGUGCAUGGCAGAAAUCUCUCGUGCCCAUUCUACUUCAGCUCACAGACGAUGUCACCCCCGAUGUUGCCAAAGGAGAGGACAUGGAUCUGAGACAUUAUGUCAAGCUAAAGAAGAUUCCUGGCGGACGUCCGGGUGAUACAUCAUACAUCUCCGGGGUAGUGUUCACAAAGAACCUGGCAUUGAAGAGGAUGCCACGGCGGAUUGCAAAUCCGCGUAUUGUACUCGUGACUUUCCCUAUCGAGUAUCAGCGUCAUCAACAGCACUUUAUGAGCCUGCAGCCAGUAAUCGAACAGGAGAAGGAGUUUCUACGAGUUGUCGUACAACGAAUCACCAACCUUCGGCCACACCUUUUACUGGCACAAAAAGGUGUAUCAGGAGUCGCUUUGCAAUACCUCUCGGAGGCUAAUAUCUCCGUGGCGUACAAUGUCAAGGACACGGUUAUAGAAGCCGUGGCCCGAUGUGCCGAGGCUGAAAUCAUUGAAUCGUUGGACAUGCUGGCCCUGCCAGUUCGAGUUGGGCGAUGUUCUGCAUUCGAAGUGCGAACCUUUGUUAACAACGAUUAUCCUGGUAGGAAGAAGUCGUAUAUUUUUCUCUCGGGAUGCCGUCCUGAUCUGGGAUGCACGAUAGCCUUGCGAGGCGCAUCUGGAGCAUUAUUAAAAAAGGUGAAGCACAUCAUGGAGUUUAUGGUGUACGUUGUGUACAACCUGAAGCUAGAAUCAAGUCUUCUUCGAGACGAGUCCGUCGAACCCCCUGAGGACAGCGAAACUUCACUAUCAAAUUCAAUCCAAGCCCUGAACGAUAGCUUCCGCUCUAUCAGCUCAGCUGGGGAAGGCUGCAAGCAGGGUCCCACUGUUGUCGUCAAUCACCCGUCGAGCGAGUCUGAGCCGCCAUCCCAGGUUACGGUGGACAGCCUCAGCACGAACCAUGACGAUGCCGAGCUUGUUGGGCAGGUCGGUGGACAAGCCACUCAACCUACCAAAGUGGUGUCUCUACAUGCCCAUCAUACACAAGCUCCUCAUGACAGCCAAGUACCCGAUGAUAUUCCGAUGCCGACCUUCUAUAGCGACAUGGUGGCAAAAUACGAAACCAAAAUUCUGUCCGCGUCGCCAUAUGUGAAAUUCAAACAACCGUACCUUCUGAUGAAGGCUCGUGAGCAAGAGAGGAGACUUCUUUACCUUCGGCGACUUCGCGAUCAAGAUGCCGUCGAGGAGGAAUCCGAAAAAGCAUGUCGUCACAGGUUUCAGUUGAUCAAGCCUGAAAUGGUGGAGAAGAUUGGCCAGAAGGCACCUCGGCAAGUCAUGGAAGUUCUGCAUGCAGUCCAUGAUGCAGAAUAUGACAAAGCCCUCUUCAACUAUCAAACCCAGACUCGCCAGUGGGAGGCAUAUAUCCAAGGCAAUAUCGACCUGUUCGACCCAUAUUCGCAUCAAAAUAUAGUGGUUCUAUACUCCGUUAUUUGCACCGACACGAAGAUACCAUGCAUAGAGCCAGGACUGGUGGCCAUCAACUUCUAUGACGAACAACAUGUCGAUACCGGCAUGGACGCUGAUUGCACACUUGGCCAGUAUAUCGAGGAUUUGGCCUACGGAAAAAACGAUGUCUGCAACUGCAACGGCUGUGAAAAGAAGCUAGUUGACCAUCAUAGAACGUACGUUCACGAUGAGUAUCGUAUCACUGUCUUUGUGGAACACGUUCCCAAUCCUUCUCCUCGGCGCCCGGAACUCGGUGACGGCAUCACAAUGUGGACAUUUUGUAAGCUCUGUAAGAAAGACUCUGAGGAAACAGCUAUGUCGGAUGCAACCUUCAAGUACUCCUUUGGGAAAUAUUUGGAGCUUCUGUAUUGGGGCCGCGGUUUAAAGAUCAAGAACAUCAAAGAUUGCCCCCACGACCAGCAACACGACCAUGUUCGCUACUUUAGUCUCCGGGAUUCCCGAGUGCGAAUUCACUGGGAUCCCAUCGAUCUCCUCGAGAUAGUUGUGCCUCGAGCAAGAAUAACCUGGAAAGUGGCGAAUGAUCUGAAGCUAAAGAAUGAGAUUUACAACAAAAUGGAAGAACGCUGGAGCAAGUUCAUGGCUUCAGUCCGAGCUAGACUGAAGAGUAUUCGCACGGAAAGCCUUUUACCGGAAAAGGCAGAAUCUUGCAAGGCCGAGGUGGAGAGGCUUAUGAAGAAGACCCAGGAGGAGCAACCUGCCAUCAUUCGACAAAUGCAGCGUACUUACGUCGAAUCCAAAUAUUACGAAGUUGUUCCAUUCAACAAAAUUAUUCGCGAGAUGCUAGAGAAAGCCGGCGAAUGGGAUCAGGCGUUUUCCAAGUUCGAAGCUGACUUCCUUGGCGACAAGGAUAUGCGCCAGAUCACGAUGAUGCAACUAAAGAAAAUCUUCACUGACAAUGAAUCUAAGGAGUCUCUUGCCUCAAAUGAUGGAACCGGUUCAGCUGGAGAUGGUGAGGAUCGGCCGUCUCAAACAUUCACUGAGACGGCGGAGAAGAGUACACAACCAACCGAGUACACUGAUACUGGAACGGAAGCCAGUCUCGCGUCAUCCAAAGCGCUGGAGGCAAAACCAGAAUGUGAAGAUGAGAAGGUGUAUGUCCCCGCGGAAGGAGUUGAACGAGUAGAGGGACUAGAUUUAGCUAGAUCCCCUGAAGCAAUCGCUACAUCCGCCCCGAGCCCUCAAAGCUCGGCCUCCACCGAGACAGCUUCACGAAUCCCUAUUGCACAGACACCGGUGGCUUCACGGCCCUUGGCUUCGCCCACGGGCAAUGGUCGCCAUCCAACAGACACCUCCAUUUCCAGCCAGUCGCUGUCGGAGAGAAUUGAUCAGAUGCGACGCGAGCAAGCUAUGCAAGUAGGGGACGGCAUCACGAUUUUACCAAAGGCUGUGCCGGAAAGGGGAUCUAGCCGCAAGUCUGGCUCUAACAUCUCGCCACCUAUAGUUCGCGCGACAUCUCACCCUGUUCGAACGCUGCCGACAUCGCAGUCUGCUGCUGUCAAACCCAAUGCACCGAAGGAUGGCAGGUCUAGUACGGCGGCUGAUUCAGUUGCGGAAACGCUUCCAGAAGGAUCUAUCAAGGUGGACAAGAAACUCUCGGAUCGCUUGGGAUUGACCGCCUUGAAGAAUCGCAGCAAAACUGCAACAUCAGGAAUUCCACGUCUCUCCCACAAGAAGAAAGAAUCCAAGGUUUCUACGUUGGCUAGACACUUUGAACAGCUAAGCCGAGAAUUUGAAAAGGAACGCAUUCGUGAUCGCAAGGAGAGAGCGGCGAGUCUUCGGCAACCCCGUGCGAGGCUCCCGAGAACCUCGACAAAGGCUAUUGUACAGGUUUAUGGUGACGUUUCAGAAGCAUUUGAGGAGCCCCUCCCGUCAAGUGAGCAGAUGCCGAUUCGGGAUGGUGACCAAAAUCAGACCAACGUCCCAGUAAUACCAGAAUCCAGCGUUCCAAAGCCGGAGCCUGCAGGUGUUCUGCGCACACAUACAGAACCAAACAUGAAAGCUGAUGACGAAACGGCCAAGUCGGAAACUGAGAAUACUCCAGGCGGAGAAUUAAGCCAAGCCACUUCGGAUGACGAGGCGUUGACCAGCGACAUUGACUCGUCCAUCACUGAUGAGUUUCUGCCUGAUCUUCAAGAGUUGGCAGAGGCUCUUGAGCCAAGCACCGAUAUUCCCGACGAACUUCCCAAGCAUCAAAAGACUAGCCUUAUGAAAUAUCUGGCGAACUUUUGGGCCGAGACAUCGGCUAGUGGAUGGCCGCCACUGGAAUAUCCAAUCAGCCCUACUGACCAUAUUUUUGUGGAUUCCGACAUUAUCGUACGGGAGGACGAGCCGAGCUCUGUCAUUGCUCUUGCGCUGAACAGCGACGACUAUCAGGCCAAGCUCGCAGGGAUCAUGCGCGACUACCAAGAGGAUCCAGAGCUCGAGGUUGACGGGGCUGGCGAUGGAGAGCCAAGGUCUGUGCCCGUGUCUGAUAUUGCUGACGGGGUCAUGUACGAAGCGGACCUGGAAAAGAGUCUGCUUCGAGUAACUGGCACUCAUCUCAAGUAUCAGUUCAAAGAAGGCGCGGCGAUUAUGACGUGCAAGAUCUUUUAUGCGGAACAAUUUGACGCCUUGAGGCGAAAGUGCGGCGUAGCCGAGAGAAUCAUUGAGUCUCUCUCUCGCUGCCUUAAAUGGGACUCGAGAGGUGGCAAAACCAAGUCCGUGUUUUUGAAGACUCUGGACGAUAGGCUUGUCUUGAAGAGCUUGUCCCCAAUCGAAACGUCUGCUUUCUUGCGUUUUGCUCCUAGUUAUUUUAGCAUCAUGGCCGAGGCUCUGUUUCACGAGCUUCCAUCCGUAAUUGCCAAGAUGCUCGGAUUCUUCCAGGUCAUCAUUAAGAACCCAACGACAGGUGCCGAUGUCAAGCUUGACCUCUUGAUUACAGAAAACCUGUUUUACGAUCGGUCACCAACUCGCAUUUUCGAUCUAAAAGGAUCGAUGAGGAACCGCAAGAUUCAAUCAACUGGGGAGCAAAACGAGGUACUCCUGGACGAAAAUAUGGUGGAAUACAUUUACGAAUCACCGCUGUUUGCGCGAGAACAUUCCAAGAAAUUGCUUAGAGCGUCAGUCUGGAACGACACACUGUUUUUGGCUCGACAAAAUGUUAUGGACUAUUCGUUGAUGAUUGCGGUCGACGAGGAGAGGAAAGAGUUGGUCGUCGGCAUUAUUGAUUGCAUCAGGACAUACACAUGGGACAAGAAGCUAGAAAGCUGGAUCAAAGACCGCGGAUUCGCAGGUGGCGGCCGAAACAGACCAACCGUCACAAGUCCCAAGGAGUACAAGUCGCGAUUUCGAGAAGCCAUGGCUAGAUAUAUCCUUCAGGCGCCCAACCGCUGGCACUUGUUCAACAAUCCACAGCUGUCGACAAACUAUGCGCACGCGAGAUUUGAGGAACCCGAAGCAGGGACGAGUUGA